AUGUGGCGUGGGAUGUCCUCGGAAGCGGAGAGCGCAGGUACCAGCGGAAGCGGGGUCGAGGGGGGUGACGCCGCUGGUACUCCAGCGUGGGCUUGGGUGGAUGUUGGCAUUGCGUGGGCGAUAGCGCCGGCGGCGGGGGGGAGCCUGCAGCUGAGCUUGUGGGGAUCCAUCGUACCGAGCUGGCUGUGCGUAACAGUGGCCUUGGCGUACGGGUUGCGAGCGGAGGAGGUUGCUUUGGACGGGGACGGAGCCGACGGUGCCCUGAUACUGUUUGCGUCUCUGGUCGUGUGCGGGUUGUCCGCAUUAGCCGUUGGCUAUCAGGUGCUGUGGGAACAAGCACGGGAUGCGAGAACGCUGAUGGCUUUAGAAGACAGCAUAGACUUCGAGGACCACAGGAGACGCCAAGCGGCCUUCUCAGAGCUUCUCCUUAGGCACCUGGUGACAGAGCCAUCGCUUCACGUGCUCGAGGCAGGGGUGAAGGAGCUGUUCAAAGACGCUAGAAUUUUCGUCCUGCAUAGCGACGCCCUGGAGCAGAUCCAGGACGGGGUUAGCCUGCUCGCGGAGUACGGGGAGAAGGCGCUCAGCGGAUUGAAGAACGGGGCCUCUGAGCUGCCGACCCCCGUCCUUGAGAAGGCGGACAUGGAAGAAAUCCUCGACGCCUGCCUGCGGACUACAGCUUACCUGGCCGUUUCAAGAGAUCACCACAAGGUCCAGCUGGAUUUGAGAGUGGCUGCCAACGUUGACAAGAGCGUCAAGAUCUACCGCUUGUGGCUUAGCCAGAUGACGCGGGCGUGCUUGAUCCACGCACUCCACCCCGACGAGGACGAUAGCGUUAUCCUCAGGGUUUCCUACGCAAGGCCGGGGUUAAUGAGGGUUGGGAUAGAAGCGGUUUGGAGAGUCGCGGGGUCAAGGACAGGGAGCGGGGGCUCCUGGGGUGAUGGAACUUCUGCGGAUCACCGGGAAGCGCCGAGGGUGCUGUCUGGGUGGGAUCGAGACAUGCCAGCGGCUGUGUGGUGGGUUCGCGCGGCGGCUCUAGCCCUGGGGGGCGAGGCUGACUACGACAGGUCCAGAGACAGGGAGGGGUUCCACGAGCUCUGGUUUACCAUUCCGGCAGAAAACGUCCCCGACGACGAUGAUCUUGAGCUCGAAACCCCCGCCGGUGCACGAGAUACAGCCACGGCCGCCGCCGCCGCUGCUGUUACCGGUGGUGGAGGACCGCCGGCUGAGCUACCAGACACGGGAGCAUCAUCGAUGCUUUCUACCGGCGGGAGCAGUACUUCCGGCAGGAAACGCUCCUCUCGUCUCAGCGAGAUCGACAAGCGGGGAGAAGGAGGCGGUUCGUCGACGACUGCGGGAGCGGACGAAGAGAGAGGGGGGCUUGACAUGACGGCGCCGAGGGCGGCCCGCCGCGAGUCGAGUCGAAAACCAACGCUCGAACCUAUAUCGUCAGCACCCAAGACAGGGGCGGCAGGAGCAGGAGCGGCUGCGCUUCCACGGCCAGGGGCUAUGGCCGUAUCACCCUCAUUUGUCAACCCGUCGCCACGCCUGUCUUCGUCGGCGCCAUCUUCCCUACAUGGCUUGCCGGCUGCCAAGAAGAGGGGUACCAUACUCCCGGCCAUCCAAGACACCCAGAUCUCUCUGGAAGGCAGCCAAACGACCACUGUUGUCGAGUUCGAUAGUGAUGACCGCGCAAGAGGCAGCAGAAAGAGCGUGGGUGGCGCCGGCGGGACUGACCGCACCACUAUCGGGCACGGGUACCGGUCGAGCCUUGGCGGGACAAUCGUCGGCAGCAGUGGCCGUGGUGAGAGGGCGUCGGCGAGGCCCAACGUCACACAUUUGGAAGACAUUCGAAUGUCUAGGGUGGUGGCGGAUUGUGAUUUCAACCCAGACGAACAUGCCAACAGGAGGUCUUCCAGCGCCCCGGACCCUACCGCCGCCGCCGCUGCAUGGUCAGGGGAAGCCAAUAGCGGAGAAACCACCGCAGCUGCGUCCGUGGCAACCACUUCCACCCCGGUCGAUCGAAUAUCGCGAUCCACACCAAACUCGCCAAAGGGCUUAGCGGCGGGAGGGGAACGGACCUCAAAGCGAAGAUCGCUCAGCGUGACCAUUAGAAACCUUCUGGGAACCGAGGGCGGCCUCGACAAGCUCAGGGAAAGCCUCCAGGAGGACGAGGCAAACUCUGGCAAGGCCGCGGCCGCCGCCGAGGCGGUCAGGGCCGCGAUGCGAAAAACUGCCACCGGCGGCGACAAGGGGACCGUGUCGAUGCACAAGCACGAGGCGGUCGCGAGAGCCGCCGGGCAGGGCACGGCGGGGAUGGCGGCAGCGAGGCUGACUUCGGGGCUGUUCCUCAAACGGCCAUCCUCGGCUCCGUCACCGGCGGCAGCGGUCACGAAGAAGGCGUCCGUUUUCGGGGGCCUGGUGCAGACCCUGGUGGAGUCCAACAGCAUGAAUUGGCUGGGGACAGGAAAGGUCGCGAGUAACAAUUCGGAAGAAAAGGGGGGAGACGCGGGAGACAGCGAGGAGGACACGGAAGAAAGUGGGCAAGCUCUCGAGGUGGCGCACUCAGCCGAAGAAGCGAUGGACAUGAUCCUCGAGGGUUACUAUCAGGUAGCCGUGGUGGACUUGCACAUGCCGAGAAUGUCGGGCACGGAAUUUUGCCGGAGGGUGCGCGCCCAUGAGCUCGAGGUGGCCGCUGCCGUUCGCUCCGUGAACAUUAACGGUCGAGCGGGGCAAGAGGGAGAAGGGUUGAAUGAGCCCCAGCCUUCGACGAAGCUGCUCCUUCAUACCACGUCCGCCGGGAGCGUCAAGUUUGACGAUCUGGAGGCAUUCCUGGAGGAAGACCUUGUGGACGAGUACGUUCCCCACCCGCUAGACCUUGGUACCCUGUCCGACUUUCUCAAGCUAUUCGAGGAGGAGGACGACCAGUACGGCACCCGGAAGAUGAGCGCGCUGCUUGAGGGAGGCGCCGACAAAUCCAAUGGUGGGGAUAGCACGAGCACCGUUUCGAAAUACUGUGGAGAUAGCGCAGGGCAGGCCGUUUCCGGGCUAGUCCGCAGCCUCAGUGGCAAGAACCUCGCAGGCGCUGAUUUAGGCCCACAAGGAGGACCAGUGGAAUCUGGGCCGGUGACGUUCGUGGCAAGGCUGUUCGGGGCAGGUCGAGCACCGCCACCGCCGCCGCCGUCCAUGGAGGACGUAGGGUCGACGUUCUUUUCGGUGAAGGGCAGGAGCAGGGAAGCGCACGCGGCAGCCACGGCGGCGAAGAAACCGCAUGGAGUAGAUAGCGAGCGGGGGGCAAGCAGCACACGGACAGCGGGUCCUUGGAGACCAGGGAUACCGGCAGUGUCGCCGGGGCUGGGGGCGGCGGGGGAUGAAGGUGGUGAUGGUGGUGACAUGGUCAAGAUCGGGACACAAGUGGAGUACACGGGCAAGAAGAGCAGGUCGGCGGGGAAGACGACGACGGUGGUGACGGACGCGGAGGCCCUGUGGGCCAUGCUCUACGCUGACGACGCGGCCAUCGUCUCGCGCUCGCCGGAGAGUCUCGAGAAGAUGAUGUCGGCCAUCGUGCGCGUGGCCGGCCUGUUCGGACUGCUGGUAUCGGAGCCAAAGACGGAGAUCAUGUGCAUGCUGCCGAAAGGGAUCGAGGAACGUCCGUUUACGGUCAGCGCCGCCGGCCAGACGUACAAGCAGACAGAUCGGUUUGUGUACCUCGGACGUACCAUCUCCGCGGACGGGAAGGCCGACCGGGAGAUCACGAGCCGCAGCUGCCGAGCGUGGAAGUGCUACCGCCGGAACAGUGCUUCGAUGUACGACAGGCGACGGGCCAACCGCCAGCUCUAGAUCCGGCUACUCCAGGCUGAAGUGGUGGAAAAUCUCCUGUAUGGGUGCGCCUCGUGGAGCCUAACAGCGGAGCACUACACGAAGCUCAAUGGGACCCACCGCCAGUUCCUUACACGGUGCAUCGGCUGGAGCAAGCGGAAACGCUCAGACCGCCCCCUGUCCUAUGCCCAGGCCCUCAUCCAGGCAGGCUGCGAGGAAACCAUCGAGGCCACCGUGCGCAAACGGAGACUGUGUUUCGCGGGCUUUGUUAUGCGCAUGGAGGACAGCCGCCUCCCCAAGCGCAUGCUGUUAGGAGCGAUGGCGGGGGGCGUGGGAUACCGGGGCGGGCAGAAGAUCGACUGGGUGUCUCGUCUCGGAGAGGACCUCGUGGCCUUCAACAUGGGAGACGAAAAGGAAGGGGGGAAAUGGAAAGAGAGCGCCAAGGACCCGGAGGUGUGGUACAACAAGGUCGAGGACGGGGCGGCAUGGUUCAUGAGGAAAUGGCACAGGCAG